AUGCCUGAACCUGAGGCUGUAGCUGGAACCAAAGAAGCUCCUGGCGAGUCUACCGCUUGGAAGCGCAUACAUGACGUGGCGAAAUUGCAAGGAACCAAAUUCAGCAAUGCUGCAACCCAGGCUGUCAUCCCAACCACUCUGUUGGGCACAUACUUUGCCGUCUGGGACGAUGCCUGGAACCCGAAGCCCAAUGCGGAUGCUGCAAACCCGAGCCCGCAGCAGUUGUUUGAGGGCAUCGUCGGCGAGUUUCGCUGGUGGCGCAAGAUUGGCUCCUUCAGAGGUCUCAAGAGGGACAACGGUGCCUCCGAAAACCUGUGGCGCUUCGACGACGUCUCCUGGCGAGAGUUGGGUGAAGACGAAGGCGGUCCAGACGAGACGCAAGGAGACGAACACUUGAAAGACGGCUUCGGGCUCGCAGCACUCGUCACCCUGGACGACGCCGGCAACCCAUUCCUUGAGAUGCUGUUUCAUACGAAGGAAGACAGGUACGGUCAGUACGAUUUUACCAGGAUUUUAUGGAAGAAGCCGAAAGAUACCAAGCGGGACCGCAUCUUGGAGAUUUCGUGGCCGGAAGCCAAGCGCUUGAGAAAAGACAACGCUGUUCCUCUUGAACGAAAUUGGGAUAGUGAUGAUGAAGAAGAGACGAAAGAGACGGAGGGUUCAGAAGUGUCGGAUGUCGAUGCCGACACCCGGCCUGGGGUCAAACGAAGGGCGGAUUUGAGCGAUGUUGAGGCCACCUUGAACGAAAAUAAUGGCACCACGAAGAAGAGGAGGAUUUGA